AGAGUCGUCUCUCAAAAAUGCGUACGUCGUUGUACUGAGAUCCCAAAACUCUUUAUACAACAAUCUUUGCUCCUCUUGUCUUUCUGAUACUAAGUCCUUAUCAGUCUCCGAAAAUCUUCACAUCAUGGUGAACGACGACUCGUUGUGCCCAAACACAAACUGCCCGUCGGUAGUACUAGAAGUGCGAGAAAAUAAGCAUGAAGUUUUCCGUUCGCUCCCACGCGUACGGGGUGCUGCAGCGAGCGCUGGGAAACGAGAAGCGAGUCUCGCUUUUCGUUCGCGAGGUGUUGGCAUCCAAGCACGUUCACAUUCGCGAAGAUUUGCCUUCGUGCAUUCUGAGCGACCUGUGUCGUGCGGGGUACCAGGAUCACUGCCACUUCUUGAUCCUCGCCUGGGAGAUAUCCUGAGUAAAAACUGCGAACGUCCCCACCCCAGGGUUUGCAAGAUGAGAAAUCUGUAGGACGCAAGACGAGAACUCGAGAAAUGGUUGCUGUUUUGCAUGACAAGUUCGACCUCGUAGUCGAGUCGUUUGUAGCUUGUGCAGAAACAUCACAAAUUACCGUCUUAUCCUCAUGCUGUUUCUAGAGCAUGACAAACUUCAGAUAAAGUCAGAAAAUGCAGCUCGUGCUGGAGAUCAUGCCUGCGUACUAGGAGAAACAUUUUAGGCAGUUGCGGACCCGCACGACAACUCUGGUGCGGUGGGAACGUUUUCACACGGGACAGGAGAGGCGAAAGGCGCUCUUUGUUUGGUCUCGACCAGCACAACGUCGACUCGAGCCUCGUUUUCCUUUCGCGCAGCUUCUUACAGCCCACUACCAGGAGCUGCGCGACCACACGUGGGCGCCCCCAGGUUGCAAGCACGGGAACUGUGCGGGACUCUUGGCCAACGUGGUUGCGAGUAUCGUUGUCGCCGACCACCACGGUGCGUCGACCACUGGAGUCGCAGGUGACAGCAGCGCACGUAGGGAGGUCGUGGGCACUUGCUUCAUUGCGGAUGGAAAUAAAGAUGCGACUUCAUUUUAUUCCCAGCCGGUUCAUGUUGCUGUUUUCGCGCGGCCUUCUACUAAUAAAUCGGCGCCCCCAUUGCAGCUCGCGGGAAAGCGUCUCGUGAUGCAGUGCGCGCGUUUUUUGGUCGUGUGCCUGGGGAGUAGAAGUGGUACGCUGGAUGAACAUGCAGAUGGGCCGCAUGAAGCAGUGAAUGCUUACGCGCUUGUCGCGAAUGCGCUCCGCAAAUUGCAUGUCUCGGACUUCUUCAAGAACAUCGAAGGAGUGGAGUUCCUGUCCCAAAUCCGACACCUUUUGGAGAGACACGCGGGCGAGCUGCGAAGCCGCACAGAUUUUUGUUUUCCCCCGGCCCCUCGCUGCUGGUACUAUGACGACGGCGUAGGACCACGAUCCACUGGUGGAGGUUACGGUAGCAGAGUGCAAGCACAAGAAGAACAUCAUGUACUACCUCGACCGCCUGUCUCCUCCGCUGUGCUAGCCAUGCUUGCGCACGCGUUUCCGGACGCGGAGCUCUGGGGCAACGGACCACUGCAGGAUCUGAUUCUGCAUUCGCUGCUGGCCUGCAGCAGCUCCGAGGAAGCCGCGUGGUCGCCGGAAGAGCUGUGCGCGAUAUGCGACGCCGCCUCGCGAAGACCUCGAGAGCGAGCUAUUGUGUUUGAGAUCGUGCUGGGAGUGCUGCGGGAGCGGCUUUUGCGAGGUUCAACUGGGGUAUCCUGAGUAAAAACGUACCCACCCCAGAGUUGUAAUGCAGAUCUGCAAGCACAAGAGCGCUUGUAAUGCGCAUCCCCAUGAGAAGAAUUUCCUAUCGUGUUUUGGAACUUGCAAUGCUAUAAACAGGAUAAGGAGAUGGAUUUGUGAUGCGGCUUCUUUUGCUAAACUGCACUACACUACAGCCUGCAAUUUGUCAUGCGCGGUUCCCAAAACUUCAAGGUUUGUGUUGCAAAAUCCCAAAAACUUAGACUUUUUUUUCUUGUGAGUGGGGAGAAGUCCUUGCAUGAAGUCCUAGUUAAGACGCAUUUGCAUAAGCUGCUCCAGGUCAGGGCAGAAAUCAUGGACAAAAGUGCAGAGGGAGCAUAGGCGUUCUACUUGUAUGAAGCGUGAUAGGCCGUGCCUGAAGGUUUCGAUUCAAAAAAGAUUCUGAAUGCGCGCGGUACUAAACAUUCAGGCGGGUAGCAACGUCCUCUUUAUUAUGAUAUGCAUAUAUGAAAAGACUCCAGCUGCAUUUUUGAAAGUGCAGCUAGGUAUGAGCACUGGCUUGGAAUGGCAGAUAUGUAUGGGCAGACAUUGUUCGGGCUUUGAAAUGAGAAGCGUCUUAGCAACAAAAGGACGAGACUUCUAUUGGCUAUUGGGAUCCAAAGAAAAGGAAGAAGGGGAGGCGAGUAGCAAGACUCGAGGGCUGGACGGGACAGGUAUUGACGUGGAAGCGCUCUGCGCCUGACCACGUCACACAUAGCAACAGAGAUCAAACGGGCGCCGCGAUUCCAAAGCGUGCCGAUGUUGCUAUCUGGGACAGACAUGCAGUCGCAUCGCACAACCGGGAGAAAGUAGAUUUUUUUGCAUGUGGGUAGCCGUGUAUAGAGGCCGAAAUCCCCUCCCGCAUUCAAAAAAAAAAAAUCCCCAUCUGGACUCUGGGGUGAGGACGUUUUUACUCAGAAUAUGGGGCACACGUUCAACAUCUUCCAAGAACUGCGCGAUCGGCACAAGAUGGUCCGAGUUCAUCUACUUCCGUGGUAUUUACAACUACGUGCAAAUAGAAUUGAGUUCUCUUUGUUUUUCGACUUGCUUGUUUCUGGAGAUCCUUCUUCGAUUGCUAGUGCAAAAACGGCAAGACGCCAUUCCGCACAUCCAUGCAUCGAAAUCACAUCUGUUCUUUGUCCGAACACAUUCUCGCAAUGAUCGCAGCACGAAAAUUAUGCACUAGAAGAGUAAAUACUUUUCCGAUAGUUGGAAUGUGAUGAUAAACGUUUAACCCUCUUGCUUAGGCCGAUUUGGGCUGUUGCAGAGAAACCUAACAAUCACCAUCUUUCGUCUGACACGACUCCUUGUCAUAACUAGACAUCUGCUACAGAACGAGGAAAGAUCAUCAAAUACAAUACAAUGUUGGUCAAGAUUCAUUCCGACGGAAAUGAUCGUCGGUAGUGGACCGGCACGCGGCACGAAUUAUUUUUUGCGAAACUGCAAAGAGAUCUAGUUCUAGAUCAAGAGUGCGCCUGCAGGUUUUUGCGGUUUAUAUAAGAUUUCAACAACUGAUGAGAACACGAAGUACACAGGAAUUCCUCGUUUCGCUUAGGGAGGAGCCCUGCUCCUGUUCCCGAUGGCGAUGAAACACUCAAAUUGUCUGGACCUCUGAUGCGAUGAAAAACCGAGUUUUGUUGUAGAACCUCUUUCUUUGUGCAUUGUACAGCUUACGAUCAUAUUUGGAAGCUGCUGCACAAGUGUUAGUCUUUAUCAGUUGCACGGGCUUAGAAGAUCGUCCGCGCAACAUGGCACUAGUACAUCACUUCCGAGAUGAUGAGAACACGAAGUACACAGGAAUUCCUCGUUUCGCUUAGAACUUCGGUUCAAUGGCGGUGAACACUCAAUAAUGUCUGGACCUCUGACACGUCGGAAAUAGUGGCUCAUCUAGUGCAUCGUGUAGUUGUAUAGCGUGUAUGUACGACUACAAUAUCCUUUUCACAAAUGCGACGAAAACUUUCUCGUCCCGUAUAGUCUUCUAAAAAUGGUUCAGGUACUGCAACGACAUUCGCAGAUUCCGGCGGAGGAGGAUGAAAAUUUGUUCACAAGAUCUUCAAGAAUGCACAACGAGGCGGAGGCAUGUGGAGGACAACGGGGAGUUUGGACGGCCCGCUCGGUUGCAAGCCUCCUUCGAGCGUUCUGCAAAGCAGGUUCUUCAACAGGUUUACCGAGGCGCACAAACAACUACACUGAACAGGACGAGACUUCUUCUAGAAGCACGACAACCCGCGGAAACAACAUCGCCCAAAGGCUUUAUGGAGAGAGGCUUGCAAACAUCCUCGCGGCUUCGAAACUGCUCGACCGCGUUUCAUGGGAAGACAGUUCAUCUGAACUCAGCGUCGCGAUUCAUGCAAUCGGGAAACUCCCGAGAGGACGAGGUGAUUUUGGUGGGAAGCAAGCAGACGAAGCCCCUGGAGGCGCCCUUGACCGCCUACUGGUCAGCCUGUUGCGGAAGUUUUGCCAGCCAUCGCCUCGCGUCGCCUGGGCGGUGCGCGACUGGGCGAAUGUAAUGGAUGCAGUGUCCUUUCGUCUCUCACGACUGAUUUUUUUGCCAAACAAGCACGUGGAACGAGGACCACAACUACAUGUUGAUCCUGUAAUAUCGAAGAGCGGGGACAUGAGAGAUGAAGCUCCAGAACAUCAAGGCCUUCGCCAUAUUUCUAAGCCCUUCCGAACUUCUGUGCUCCGCUUCAUGCAGCUCACACACGAAGCUAUAGUCUGUUGCAGUUCGUCAUGCCGCGGCAGAAGACCGAGAGAGCUGGAAGAGGGAAAUACUGUGGACCGUAAUUCUCCACCUCCUCGCGCUGCGGUAGAACUACCUGGGACCACAGCUGCUUUGGCGGCGCUACACGGUCCUUGGCAAAUUCAGGACUGCAUGGCGGGUCUCGUUGGUGUGGGCCGUCUGGAGAAUGCGCUGGCGGGGGAAGAGGAGGAAGACAGCAAAGUGAAAAUACGCCGAAAGAUAAGAGGACCAGCAGACUACCGCGGCAACGACUUUUCAUUUCGCGCGUCGACGAAGCGGCUGGAAGUGUUCGAAUGUCUGCUUCAGCGGCUGCGGUUCCAUGUGCACGAGUUGAAGUUUUCACAGCUGUCGGACGUGUUUGUGGCGGCCGGAAAGCUCCGCGCGCGUUCUGUGCCUGUCGUCGAGUGUUUGUAUAAGCAGUUCUUGCCACGCGUGGAGGAACAGGUGUUGGCGGCCGUUUCAAGCGGCGCGCCGAGGUCUUCGUGUGACGUGGAAACGUGGAAGUGCGCCGUGGUGAACCUGCUCUCUGCGCUGUCCAAGUUGCGCCACGACGAGUCAAAACUCGCAGUACCUCAGCACCGUGGGAACAAAAAGGGUGUAAUUUCGAGCUGGUCUGCGUCGCAGGGCGUGGCGCGGUUGCUUGUUACGGCCUGCUUGAAGACAACGUCACGGAACCACGGGAAGGGUCGUCCAGGAGCAGGGUUGCUAAAGCUAUCCCGGGCGGAUCGCGAGCAGAUUCGUAAGUCCUGUAUGAGAUUGGGACUGCUCACCGCUAAGACGGCGCCUUGCGUUUCAUUGGAAGACCUUACUUGCUAAACGCGUCGUUGUACAGCAUCAAGAAAGUAGAAUUAUUGAAAAAUCAGGUGAGCAACAUCCCGGACGGUAAACUUCAAAACUAUGUGUAGCUAU